CGCGCGGAGGAGCCGGAGGCUGAGGGGCGGGCUCCUCGUGGCGGUGCCGGCGCCCUGGUCCCAGGAGGCUCCAGAGGCGUUUUGCCUCUUUUGUUUUUCCUCUGGAAAUAGCAGGACUUGGGAACGCUGUGCGGUGCCGCCGGCCGAACUGCCCCGGGGAAGGUGCGCGUCCCGGGGGGCCAUGGACCCGGGGCCGCGCCCCUCCGGCAGCGGCUGCAGCAGCCCCGCGGGCCUGUCCCGGGAGUACAAGCUGGUGAUGCUGGGCGCCGGCGGCGUGGGGAAAAGCGCCAUGACCAUGCAGUUCAUCAGCCACCGAUUUCCAGAAGACCACGACCCCACCAUCGAAGAUGCUUAUAAAAUCCGGAUCCGUAUUGAUGAUGAGCCUGCCAACCUGGACAUUUUGGAUACGGCUGGACAGGCAGAGUUUACGGCCAUGCGGGAUCAGUAUAUGAGGGCAGGAGAAGGGUUUAUCAUCUGCUAUUCUAUCACCGAUCGCCGAAGUUUCCAUGAAGUUCGGGAAUUUAAGCAGCUUAUUUACCGAGUUCGACGCACUGAUGAUACACCUGUGGUUCUGGUGGGGAACAAGUCUGACCUGAAGCAACUAAGACAGGUCACCAAGGAAGAAGGAUUGGCUCUGGCCCGAGAAUUCAGCUGUCCUUUCUUUGAGACCUCUGCUGCGUUCCGCUACUACAUCGAUGAUGUAUUCCAUGCCCUUGUACGGGAGAUACGUAGGAAAGAAAAGGAGGCAGUGCUGGCCAUGGAGAAAAAGUCUAAGCCCAAAACCAGCGUAUGGAAGAGGCUGAAAUCACCGUUCCGGAAGAAGAAAGACUCCGUAACCUGAAGGGAAGAUGUGAGGUGUUCCUCUGUGAACUGCAGGGCUUACUCAGAGCAGUCCAGUAACUUGCAUUAGUGAGCACGGUGCUUGCUCUUUCUCCUGUUAUGACCGUUACUUUAAAUGUAACUGAUGAAGGGGAUAUGCCUCGAGGGAGUUUGCAGUGAUGUGGUGUUUAGAAUACUGUCCUUUAGCUAAUUCUGAUUUAUUAACCCAGUGGAGCACUGUCUACUUUUAAAUUGUCACAUUAGAAUUUGAUCUACCGAUGUUUUGGGUUCUGUUCCUGAUAUUAGUUAAUUAAUGUGGAUUGUUUAUACUCUGGGGGGAUAUAUGUACCACGUGUGUUUGACUAAGCCCACAAGAGGGACUUUCUGCUAUGCACUACUCCAUGUUCUUUUCUACUUGGGUUUCCUGGGACCUUCUCGGGGAAGGACGUCACUUCUGUUCUCCUGUGCUUCCUGGACACAUAGCGAGAACCUCGUAGGGAGGUCAGUGGUACAGUUCAGCGAGUAGCUGUGGAACUGCCUCCUGUUGCAGAUGAGGGACCAAGGAGAUCAGGGAAGCCAGGCUGUGGAGGCGGCUGGGGGACCUCACUAGGGACAGGUAGCAUCACAGCUGUGUUCCCAGGGCAGGCCUGGCUUUCCUGAGACGUGCACACCUGGCCCAGAUGCACUGAAUGGGUGAGGACGAACAGAAGCAGUGCAAUGUGUGAAGGUUUCUUCUGUGAAGCUCUUUUGUUCUUUCAGGGUUUAGCCUCUGUUUACCGUCAGAGGUGCAUGCUUUGGGAACCAUUACUGGAUUACUAAACUCUUGUUCAGACCCUCGGUUGGGACAGCCAUUGCCUUGUGCAGGUUUAUUUUUCCCCCGGAGAUGCCCACACCCGUGCAUUACGUGCUUCCCAGUGCUUCCGUGUGCUCCCCAGGAGAGUGGGGCCUGGCCACGUGUGUCGUAGGUCCCUCGUCAGACUUCCUGCGUCUUGCGUACGGAAGAGACAUCAGGAGUUAGAGUCCAGUCGCGUGUGCCUCCUCAGCACAGUCACCAGGCUCCACGCUCCGGGAAAGCCUGCGCGUCUCUGUGCUAACGAGCCAGUUGUGAAGCUUUAGAAAAUUCCCGUGUGCUGGGUUUCUCCUUGAAGAUUUCUUUACAGGGACCUUGUUGAGUUCACCUCAGGGUUGUCUGAACCUUGACGGAACUUAGCCUAAGAGAGUGCCACCUUGAUAUUUGUCAUAGCUGGGAGACGGUUGUCCUGGGAAGGAACAGCUUUAAAUAUUGGUGGCGAGUUCUCUUUUUUAGAAUCAGGAUUGUUUUGAUACCUGGACUUAACUGUGUGUGGAGAUUAAGUGCAAAAGUGCUAAGAAUAAUGUAGCAUAUAUGGAACGUCACAUGUCACUGAAGUAGCGUUUGCGACCAUUUUAAACUCUUGACGUAACUGUGUAGCACCUCUUAAAAAGUGCACACCUCAACUUAACUGAUUUCCACUCUAAUUACAGGCAGAAGGACAGGGUGGUUGUGUUUUUCCUCAUCCUCAGUGGGGUGUAUGUUCUAGGUUUAAAGAAAGGUGAUUGUUGCAACUUUUUUAGCUAAGUAGCGGUCCCUUUUGAAACCAAAUAAAUUAUGUUUUAUGGUACUCAAGCCAUCCAAAAGUGAGAGACCCAGAAUUUGAAUCUAUGCAGGACGGAAAUCUGAUAGGAACUGUAGCACUUUAGCAAAGCAUGAAGGUAGAGAAGAAACGUAGUGCAAUUCUGUUGUACCAGUAUUUCACCAUGUGUAAAUUAGCUCGGAGCCUUUUACGUGUGAUGCCUUAGCUUCUCGUUACUAAUGACCUAGGGAGUUGUACUUAGCGUCAGGCAAGACUUUUACAGCCAUAUAAGUAUUCAGGACAUUCAAUGCAGCACAGGAUAUUUACCAGAAAGAAAGAUUUGUAAGAGAGGAGGGAAUUUAUAUUGUAUAUGAGAAAAAUAACAAAUUUGUGUUUUUAAGACUGUCACUGUCAUGUCUUUGAUCAUUGGAUUGAUUAGCCCAUUAGUUAGUAUUGAGGAUUCUAUCCAUGGUGCUAAAUAGUUUGAGGGGGUGUGUUAUGUGUAGGUAACAGCUCAGUUCUUAGUGAUCUAAGUGUAUGUAAUUUAUAAACUCUAAAGAGUCAGGUUUUUCCAAUUUGAGGGCAUUACAAUCAGUUACUGCCUGGAACUUUGAAGAGAAACGUUCAGGGACAAGUGUAAAAGCGCUGGAACUGUCCGUGCCUGCGCCAGAUUGUUAAGUCACAAGAUUUAGAAGCGAGUGUCCAGAAGGGAUGUAUUUUAACUUUAUCAAAUAUUAGCAAGAAUCGGUCUGCUGUGAUGUUUGGGGGUUGCGGGGGGAAGGAGGAGACCAGUCUCUCACUUAUGCGCUUGUAUAUGAAGACGGUUUAUAUGACACAAUACAAAACUUUUCAACAACUCA